AAAUUGUAAAAUGAAUAUUAUUAAUUUUAUUGUAAAGUUAUAUAUUCUUUAUGUUGUUUUAUUAAUGUGAUCUUGUCUUUUUAAUUUAGAAAAAUAAUCAAAAUGACUGCCAUGCAGUAUAAGUUAGAAGGUAAUCGUAUGUUUGCACAAAAGAAAUAUGAAGAAGCGAUAAAAUGCUACACGAAGGCGAUAAAUAAGACUUCUAAUAAUGCUGUUUUCUUCACAAAUCGGGCUCUGUGCAACAUAAAGCUACAAAAAUGGGAAGCCGUCGUAGACGACUGCAAAACUGCCCUUGAUUAUGACCCCCAAUCCGUCAAGGGUCACUUCUUUCUUGGACAUGCUAUUGCAGAGCUUGAAAAUUUUGAUGAAUCUAUCUCAGAGUUACAAAAAGCACAUACACUCGCGAAACAACAAAAAUUAAAUUUUGGUGAUGAUAUUGCAGCGAUGCUACGUAACGCGAAGAAAAAACGCUGGGAUAAAUUAGAAAAGGAACGUAUUUCACAGGAAAUUGAACUACAAACUUAUCUCACUAAUUUAAUGGUUGAAGACGAAAAACGUGAGAUAACCAAAUUGGACGAAAACGACUCCACAAGCGAUACAGACCGAAAAAAUGUAGAAAAAAAAUUCGAGGAGCGUCGAACUGAACUAAAUAACUUAUUUGCACAAGUAGAUGAUCGUAGGAAAACACGUGAAGUUCCAGAUUUCCUAUGCGGAAAAAUUAGUUUCGAAAUUAUGAAGGACCCUGUUAUUACGCCGAGUGGAAUAACUUAUGACCGCAAAGAUCUUGAAGAACAUCUGCAAAGGGUCGGACAUUUUGAUCCCGUUACCAGACAAAAACUAACUGCUAGUGAAUUGAUUCCUAAUCUGGCUAUACACGAAGUGAUCGAGAAAUUUAUUGGAGAGAAUGGUUGGGCUGAAGAUUACUAAGAUGUGAUUUUAAUUUAAACGCUUUCUUGUAAAAUCAUAUAAGAGGGUUGAAACUUUUUCUCUAAACCAGUGGUGUGUGGCCCGCGGCCCACAAGGAGAAAUUAUAUGGCCCGCUGAGAAGUGCCAAUUUUGAAUGAUGUUCGGCCCGCGAAAAGAGUUUUUUGAUUAAGUUUAAAAUGGUACGCGCAAGUUAUUUCUAUCCAUUUGCGUUGCAAAGCCUGGACCCAAAUCCUAUACCUGAGCUUUUGCAAUGCGAGCAACGCAUGUCAUAAGAUUGAUAACCAAAAUGUUUGUGCCCUCAAAUACUAUAAAGCCUAUGUUAAAUGUGACUCACGGUUUCACCAGUUAUUUGUAUCUGGCCCUUCUGUUUCAAAGGUUGCCUACGUCUGCUCUAAACAAAGCCAUGGACAAGCAGGUUACUGAUAGGUAAGGGUAUGCUAUGAUUUUGAAAAGACAGAUUUGACAAUGUCGGCGUGAUGCGGUGGACAGGGGGUUUUAACCUGGUAUCUUCGAUCUUUGACUGGUCCAAUGUGCCUACCAUUGCAUUGCUUGACCAUGCAGCUCGAACACGAAUCUGAUGUGCCAACCAUCAUAUGCGAGAUGGGCAUUUUUUUAGGGAUUCGUUUCCAGAAAGUCUUCCUAGCCUGUUUGCUGAGCACUUCGUUGUUGUGGUUGGGUUUAGAGAACCUGGCUUCUUGCUAUCAAAUAUGGAGCCUAUACGCUUUUCCUAUGCUUAUUUCCUUUUUAAUGGGGAUUGGGGCCAUAUAUCUAUUCCUAACCUGCUGUCUUUAUGAAAGCCUAACUGCACCUUUCAUCCAAAAGAGUGUAUUAUGAUGUCACUUUCACUUCUUUUGCCCCUCUCUUUAUCAAAACUCUGAAUAGGCUUGUGAUCUUAGCACUUCAAUACUUAAAUUUUUUUCAAGUGUAUUUUUGUACAUAUAGAUUUUUUCUUACAGUAUUCUUUCCUUUUGUGUAAAACAUUCAUUUUUUUGUGUGGGUGACAUAAUUUUGUUCUUUUAUCUUCAUCUAGGACAGGGGUUCCCUAGCUUUUGUCAGGACAGCCCCAAAAACAACUUUCAAGUGUCCAGUGCGACCCCAGGUCAAUAUAUAUAAACUUCUUUCACUGGACUUUUGAGUUUGGUCAUGUGAUGGUACUACUAUUAAGUAAAAAAAUAAGGUAAAACCAAACAGUGAUGUCACAAUAAGCACCUUACAUUUUCUAUAGCACAAGCAGAGAGCGAUGCUUAUGGGCCUGUUUACAGUAAGCCAUGGUACAAACUGCUACAUUUAACAUGGUUUGUCAAAUCUUAGUCGAUCUGUACAUCCAUCCUCUACCAUACCUAAGCGACCCCAUGACCUGUUUGCGACCUUGCCUACUUAUCACUCUGACCCACUUUGGGGUCGCGACCCCUGGUUUGGGAAUCCCUGAUCUAGGACCUAGAUUUUUUCAUUUCUCGCCCCCUUUGCCUCCGAGUAUGGGCGAAUUACCUACCGGUUGCUUGGAGCAAAUAGAAAAAAUGUAACAUGAAGUUAAGAAGUUGCUUGGUGUUGCUUUCUGGAGAAUCAUUUUUAUGUACCAGUAUAUCAUUUUUAUAAAUUUGUUGUCGGCUCCGUAAAUAAUAGUCCAUUUCUUCACAAACUCCAUAACAUAAAAGGUUGGGGAACCCCCGCUCUAGAUCAAUGCUUCAUCCACCCUGUAUUUCAAUAAACGGAGCACUGGUUGCUCGUGACAUGUUUUUUUUAUUUCAAACUCUCUUUUUUUUGCCACACGGUUCACUAUAUUUAAGUCAUUUUUCAUUGCCUUGUAUUUGUUAAGCUGUUUUAUUAUUUUGGUAGUUGCUAAAAAGCAGUGGUUCCCAAACCUAGGCCUGCCAGCCAACGGUUUGACAUGGCCCACCGAAUGUAAGUAAAAUAGUUCACAACACUAUGUUUUUUUCUUUUUGCGCUUCAGAUACCGCCCCUUGCGGGCGCUCACCUGGCCCACGAAUAUCCUUCCGCUUCUGAUUUUGGCCUCCUGUCAAUCAACUUCGGAAAUCACUGCUGUAAAGGGACAUAAGCCCAGUUUAUGAGAUAAGUGGACCAGAGAGUAAGUUUGUCACCAAGUCUUAGGUGGGACCUGCUCCUCAUAACACGUAUGGGACCUAGAAUCUACCAACCAAGUUAACACUAUAAAUACCACUGGAAUGAUGAACCAUGAGUGCUGAAAGCCAUAAAAAGGUUGGGAAACACUGCUCUACAGUAAUUGCCUUCCAAAUUCGUAGUAGCCUGGAACAUUACCUUUAGUGGAUUUCACUUUUUUGUUACCACUCCUGAAAUGAUUUGGAUAGUGGUUUUUGACAUUGCAUUUUUUGUGAUUUUGCACUUUAUUAAAUACUCAUGUCAACCUUUUUGCAUGUGUUGCUUUCUGCUUACUUCUGAAAUUCCUAGUCUUCCAUGUGUACAAAUACAGGAUGUUCAUAAAAAAUUCUCAAAUUGCAAAAAGAAUUUACCGAUACCAUUUAUUGUUAUGGCCCUUACAGAUGUAUUAAAUGAAGUUAAAAUACUUGAACAAUAUUAAAAAACAACAAAUCUGGUUAAGCUAUAUUGAGAAUUGACUUCAUAACAAAAUUAAAAUUGUGAAUGGACUUUAUGGACACCCUGUAUAUCAGAAUAAAAUGAGCAAUGUAACAAUACUAUCACAAUGAUUUGCAUUUUGAUUGUCUUUUAUUAAGUUGUUCCAAGUUCAAUCUUUUAGGACUUCUAUAUUAAGUCCAAAUUUGAGGAAAUAUCCAUGCCGCUGCGUUACCUCCAAUUUCUUUUGUGUACAUUUACAAGUGCUUCAACCAGGAUUUCAUUUUUGUAUGUAUUUUAAAUAUUGUUUCUUUAUUUGCUAGAAUAUAAAAUAUCUGAGUGAUGUGUGUUUUUUAUGUUUGUUUAAGUUACCCUUGCUAUCUCAAAUAUUGAUGGUAAAUGAUACAAACCAUAUUCUUUUAG